AUGGCCCGAGCUACGAUUAACGACCUCAUCACAGCCAAGCUCCCGGCCUUGUUUGGCUGCAACGGCCUCCUCCCGCUCGCCGCCGACUGCUACUCUGCCUCGCCUCCUAAUCGCCCUCCCUCCAUGGAGCCCGCUGGCCUCGUCGCAUCCGCCGCCUCGGCCAUGGCCGAAUCAGCAACGGCAGCGGCGGCAGCGUUCGAGCCCGCCGCCGAGGUGCCUGUCCAGCUCAACGCGACGAAACCCCCCGACCCGCUGCACCCUUACUAUCCCCUCGAGGUCGAGAUUGCCGGAUACUUGGCCAACGAGUACACGAUGGUGCAGCUGCUCGCGUCCUUUGCGGCCGGGUGCGCGAUUGUCUUCAUGGUCACAUUCCUGGUCGCGAAGAAGAUCAGGCCGACACUGCGCGGCUCCGAGAUCUUGCAGAUACUGUGGCGGCUGCAUACACUUCUUCUUCGAAGGCAAGACACCCGCCGUGAUUCCUUGAGUCGAGCACAACCUAACGAAUGCAAACCAGGCUUCUUUGUGUAUAACUUCAGGAGAAUGGGCGGCUCGCAACACCUGUUCGGACAGCUGUGGAAGGAAUAUGCGCUUUCAGACUCUCGUUAUCUGACGAUGGAUCCGUUCGUGCUGUGCAUGGAGACCAUCACUGCUGUGUGCUGGGGACCGCUUUCUUUUGUGGUCGCGCACAUGAUUACCACCGACCACCCGCUUCGAUACCCUCUCCAGGCGAUUGUGUCCCUCGGCCAGUUGUACGGCGAUGUCCUGUACUACGCGACUGCCAUGUUCGACCAUUACUUGACGGACUUGAACUACUCCCGGCCAGAGUCAUACUACUUUUGGUUCUACUUUGUGUUCAUGAACGCGUUUUGGAUUGUCAUCCCGACCAUCUUGAUCGUGAACAGCCUCAGGGCUUCCGGCAGAGCUUUCAAGGCGGUCGCGCGGGUAGAGAAAUGCCUCAACUCGUCGCCUGUCAGUCCGAGGAAGAGGAAGGAUCUGUAG